AUGGUUAACAAUAAAAUUAAAGUUGAGAACCCCGUAGUGGAAAUGGAUGGAGAUGAAAUGACUCGCAUUAUAUGGCACCUCAUAAAAUCUCAGUUAAUACUCCCUUUUCUGGAGAUCGAUCUUCGUACUUUUGAUCUUUCAAUCCAAAAUAGGGACCUUACCGAUGAUCAAGUUACUUUGGAUGCCGCUUAUGCUACUCUAAAGCAUGGUGUUGCAGUGAAAUGUGCCACCAUUACUCCGGAUGAAGCACGUCUUCGUGAAUUCCAUUUGAAACAGAUGUGGAAAUCACCUAAUGGUACUAUUAGAAAUAUACUUGGUGGAACAGUAUUUAGAGAACCUAUUGUGAUCCCCAGAAUACCCAGGUUGGUCCCUCAAUGGAAAGAACCGAUUAUUAUUGGGAGACAUGCUCAUGCAGAUCAAUAUAAGGCUACAGAAUUAAUUGUACCAGAGAACCACACUGUAAAGAUGGUAGUAGAAUCAAAUAUUGACCCAAAAGAUAGGAAGGAGGUAAUGGUUUUCAAAUUUGGUGAAAAGCAACCAGGUGUGUCAAUGGCUAUGUACAAUACUACCCCAUCCAUUGAAGGAUUUGCUAGAGCUUCAUUUCAAAUGGCAAUAAAGAAGAAAAUUCCUCUUUACUUUACCACAAAAAAUACAAUAUUGAAGAAGUAUGAUGGUACGUUUAAAGAUAUUUUCAUGGAAAUGUACUUGAAUGAAUACAAGGAUGAAUUCGAUAAACUUGGUAUAUUUUAUGAGCAUCGAUUAAUUGAUGAUAUGGUUGCACAAAUGUUAAAAUCUAAAGGUGGAUUUAUAAUUGCAAUGAAGAAUUAUGAUGGAGAUGUUCAAUCUGAUAUCGUUGCACAGGGAUUUGGCUCUUUGGGACUAAUGACUUCAGUAUUGAUAACACCUGAUGGGAAAACUUUUCAAAGUGAAGCUGCUCACGGAACAGUGACAAGGCAUUACAGGUUACAUCAAGCGGGUAAACCAACAUCUACAAACUCUAUUGCCUCAAUAUUUGCAUGGUCUAGAGGGCUAAUUCAAAGAGGCAAAUUAGAUAAUAACCCAGAUUUGGUCAAAUUUGGUGAAUUAUUAGAGCAAUCUACAUUAGACACGGUGCAAAUUGAUGGGAUCAUGACGAAAGAUUUAGCACUUCUUAUAGGACAAGGAAAAUAUGCAACAACUGAAGGAUUCAUCGAUGCUGUAACUAAUCGUAUGAAAAUAGGAUUUGAGAAAAUAAGUCCCACAAGAUGCAAAUUAUGA